UGUAUUCGUGCUUUUAGAGCCAACUUGGACGACCAGAUGUUCCCUUCCGAACGGCGCGCUCCACCGAAGUUUUGAUGUCAUCACCCGAUGUUUCUGAUCAUUUGUCACCAUUAGCCACCCCGUCAAAUUAACUGUCCCAACUCAUCUCCAUAGCUCACGGGCGGCUAUUUAGAUUUUAGGGUUUCUUCUUUUCUCUACCAUUUCAAAACCUCUGCUCCUAAACCCUAGUAUAUUUCCUGAAGUCCAUUCCCUCCCUGCUGCUAACUGUUAUCGAGAGAUUAAAGCUUGAAAUUGGUACUUCUUACAUAGUGAUAUUGAGUCAUUGCAAGAAACUACAAUUCUAAUGGCGGGUAUAGAUGGUGCUUCAAAUGCGAAUGCUGAACAGGCAGAAGAAAUUAAAAACUUAGCCAAUGAAGCAUUUAAGGCGAAUAAAUUUUCUCAAGCUGUCGAUCUAUACAGCCAGGCUAUUAAUCUAAAUGGGCAUAAAGCUGUGUAUUGGGCAAAUCGUGCAUUUGCACACAUCAAACUUGAGGAGUAUGGCAGCGCGGUGCAAGAUGCAACAAGAGCUAUUGAAUUAGACCCUAAAUAUUCAAAGGGCUAUUAUAGACGAGGGGCAGCAUAUCUAGCUAUGGGGAAGUUUAAGGAGGCAUUGAAAGAUUUUCAGCAGGUGAAAAGAAUUUGCCCGAAUGAUCUAGAUGCCACUAGAAAGCUGAAAGAGUGUGAAAAAGCUUAUCAAAAGAUACGUUUUGAAGAGGCAAUUGCCGUCAAAGAUUCUCAAAGACACUCAGUUGUAGAUUCAAUAGAUUACCAUAGUAUAGAAGUGGAACCGCAAUAUAAUGGCGCAAGAAUUGAGGGUGAAGUGGUUACUCUUGAAUUUAUUAAGAAAAUGUUUGAUGAUUUUAAGAAUCAGAAGUGUUUACACAGAAGGUACGCAUAUCAGAUCAUCUUACAGGCCAGAGAGUUGCUGCGGGCUAUGCCUUCUCUUGUGGACAUUUCCAUUUCGGAUGGUCAUCAUUUUACAGUUUGUGGCGAUGUUCAUGGGCAGUUCUAUGAUUUGUUGAAUAUAUUUGAACUGAAUGGACUACCCUCCGAAGAGAAUCCUUAUCUCUUUAAUGGAGACUUUGUGGAUCGGGGUUCUUUCUCUGUUGAAGUUAUUCUGACGCUCUUUGCAUUUAAGUGCAUGAUUCCAUCAGCUAUGCAUCUUGCUAGGGGAAAUCAUGAAAGCAAGAACAUGAACAAGAUAUAUGGUUUUGAGGGAGAAGUCAAGUCUAAACUAGGUGAAGCAUUUGUUGAGCUUUUUGCGGAAGUGUUCUGUUGUUUACCUUUGGCUCAUGUGAUAAACGACAAGGUGUUUGUUGUUCAUGGUGGCCUAUUCAGUGUUGAUGGCGUGAAGCUUUCUGAUAUACGUUCAAUUGAUCGCUUUUGUGAGCCUCCCGAAGAAGGUUUGAUGUGUGAAAUACUUUGGAGUGAUCCACAACCUCAACCUGGAAGGGGACCCAGUAAGCGUGGUGUUGGUCUUUCGUUUGGUGAAGAUGUGACAAAGAGAUUUUUACAGGAAAAUAAUCUUGAUCUUGUGGUUCGGUCACAUGAGAUGAAGGAUGAGGGCUAUGAGGUUGAGCAUGAUGGAAAGCUUAUAACUGUAUUUUCUGCUCCCAACUAUUGCGAUCAGAUGGGAAAUAAAGGUGCUCUCAUACGCUUCAAGGCCCCAGAGAUGAAACCAGACAUUGUGACAUUUUCAGCAGUGCCACAUCCCAAUGUCAUGCCAAUGGCAUACGCCAGUAAUUUCCUGCGUCUCUUCUCAUGAUUUAUACCACCAAUUUUGCUGUAAGAUAGGCAUGUGAAGCUGAUGCAGACUUCUCAAAUCGGCUGCAAGUAGAAUGUCUUCACUAGAAGCA